AAUUCAACUUUCACUUCUGGCGCGGCAGUUGCUUGUUUGCGGUUUGACCAAGUAAAAGAGAUUUUUGUUGCCCAGCAAGUGACAGUGAUUUUAGAUAUGUGGAUUUAAUAGCAACGCUUUGUACACGCACGCAGUUUAAUCAAAUCAACCCAAAUUAUGGCCAACAUACGGAGUCGCCACAACACAACAAAAUCAGAGUUGGAGGCGAAGGAGGAAACAGAGUCCCUAACAACAAACAGUAGUGGCCACAACAACAACAACAAUGAUGGGAAGGAACCAUCAACGACAAAUACAAAAGAGAAAUGUGACUCUAUGGUCUACAUUAUAUUCUUAUCCCUGCUGUUUGAUUUGUUGGCUUUUACAAUAAUCCUUCCAUUGUUACCUUCACUUUUGGAAUAUUAUCGACUGCAUGACAGUUCCGGUUUGUAUGCCGUACUCACAGAUCGAGUACGUUGGUUCCAGCAACUAGUUGGAGCACCAGAACGUUAUAUAUCGGUGCUAUUUGGCGGUUUUCUUGGAUCUAUGUUUAGUUUUUUGCAAUUUCUCGCCAGUCCCAUUGUGGGAGGCCUCUCAGAUUACUAUGGCCGGAAGCCGGUGCUGCUGGUGUGUGCGUCUGGAAUUGCUGCUUCAUAUCUGAUUUGGGCCUUGUCCAGCAAUUUUGCUCUUUUUGUUUUGGCCCGUUUUGUGGGUGGCAUUAGCAAGGGUAACAUAUCCCUUUGCAUGUCCGUUAUCACAGAUGUGUCCAGUGAAAAGACCAGAGGACGCGGCAUGGCUUUAGUUGGUAUAGCUUUCUCACUGGGAUUCAUUGUGGGCCCUAUGAUCGGAGCCAUGUUUGCCAUUUACUCAAACAAAUCAAGCUCGGGUGGAUCAUGGUUUGUUCUCCCUUCACUCUUAGCCUUGGCACUGGCUUUGGGAGAUUUGCUAGUACUAGUAUUUUGCUUAAAGGAAACUUUGCCUAAGGAGAAACGCAUGAAACAGAUAUCAUCUUCCCUAUCCUAUGCAUCGCAAUUGCUUAAUGUCUCUUCCAUAUUCAGAUUCUCUGCCAUUAAAAAUGUGGCGAAAAAGGACAUUGAAGCUCUGCGCUCCUUGGGUCUGAUAUACUUUUUGUACUUAUUCCUAUAUUCGGGAUUGGAAUUUACUGUGACAUUUUUAAUGUAUCAUAAAUUUGGUUAUACAUCUAUGGAUCAAGCAAAAAUGUUCUUAACAACAGGUAUUAUUAUGACCAUACUUCAAGGAUCUGUCGUUCGUCGAUUGCCUGCGACAAAAACUAAAAGUUAUGCCAUUUAUAGUCUAUAUCUAAUUGUUCCCGCCUUUGUAUUGGUCGGUCUAGCGGAGGGCAGUGGCAUGCUCUAUGCUGGAAUGAUUUUAUUUGCCAUUUCCACAGCCUUUGCAGUAUCUUGUUUGACCACUUUGGUUUCUAAAUAUGGCAACGAUGAUCAAAAAGGUUCAGUAUUAGGAAUAUUCCGAUCCUUGGGCGCCUUGGCAAGAGCUCUGGGACCCGUCGUAGGUUCCAUAGCCUUUUGGUGUGUCGGCUCAAAGAUAACUUAUAUUACCGGCGGAUUAUUACUUAUAUAUCCAGGUGUGGCCUUGCAACGUCUACGUAUUUAAGUUGAAAGUAAUUAUUUGAACGCAAUAUUAUAAGUUUAAGACCAAUGCUAAGUAUUAAUUGCACAUUUACUUGAUGUAUUGUUUUCAUUUUUAUAUGUUUUUUGUAAUAAAACGUCUUUUAUAAAACUA